CAGGAUGUUAUUAAAAUAAUUAUCUCGAAUAUCGUGCUUCAAAUACUCGAUCUUCAACAGUUAGUCAUAACCAAAGAUCUCGCUGAUGCGAAGAUUGCGUGUUUUAUAAACGCUUCAUUAAUUAAACAGUGGUAUUUUACUGAAUCUUCAAGGUUGUUCCAAUAAGACGUGACAAAGUGUAUUAGAAUAUUAUGUGUACAACAAAGACGUGAUGGCUGACGAAAAUGAUCAAGGUUUCGGGAGGACUGCGAACAAGAAUGUUCUGUUAAAAAUUGUUAUAUUGGGCGAUGGUGGUGUUGGAAAAUCAUGUUUGAUGAGCAGGUUCAUCUCUAACCACUUCGACGACCACAACUUCCACACGAUAGGCGUGGAAUUUAUGAAUAAAGUGGUAGAAGUUAAUGGUAAAUCAUAUACUUUACAGAUAUGGGACACUGCUGGUCAGGAAAGGUUCAAAUCCCUAAGGACCCCAUUUUAUCGAGGCACAGACAUUUGUAUAUUGGCCUAUGCAAUAGAUGACAGAAGUUCCUUCAAUAAUAUAAAAACUUGGAUGAAUGAGUUUCUGCAUUAUGCUGGAGUUAAGAAUGGAAUAGAGAAGUUUCCAUUUAUUGUGGUCGGUAAUAAGUCAGAUGUACCAUCAAAGGACCGGGAAGUGAGUCACGACCAGCUGAAACAGUGGUGCGAGGAGAACAAGAUCUCCACAUACCUGGAGACUUCCGCCAAAACUGACAACAAUGUGGUCGAGGCAUUCUCGCUGGCUGUGCAAAGAUGGGCUGACCUUGAGCAGAAGGCCGAGAGGGAACUCCGCAUGUUCCACAAUCCGGACACGGUGACGCUGCACGGCUCCCCCGCAGUCAGCCUCCGGUCUGCCUGCUGCUCCAGGUUUUUUGACUCCUAGAUCAGGGUAUAACCAAUACCUUUGGGCAGGGCAACGGGUACCACAGUGCACAGGACAUAAACAUUUGUGUUAUGAACAUAAAUUCUGACUAUGGCCUUUAAAUU